AUGCUUUCUGAUAGUUCCGGAACGAGAUCAUCACCUGCAUCACUAAAUAAUAUGUCAGCUAAAAUAUUAAAUAUCAUACGUACCCAUCAAACCACUACUUUUUCAGAAGUCGCUGAUCAAAUAAUCAAAGAAUGCAACGGUAAUGAUGAAUAUAGUAAUGAAAAGACAACUAGAAGAAGAGUUUAUGAUGUUUUAAAUGUAUUUUUAGCCGCAGGUUUAAUCACAAAAGAAGCAAAAAACAUUAAGUACGUUCAAAGUUCAAUUUCAUUCAAUCCUCCACAAGAAAUCCCUGAAAAAGAAGAUUUAUCAGAAAAGUGUGAUAUGUUACAAGAGGCAGUUGCUAGAAAACUCAAGGCAUAUUUAUUAUAUAGAGCUCUUCUUGAAAGAAAUAAAACAAAGAUUAGACCAUCAGGAUCUGUUCAGUUGCCUGCUAUAUUCGUUGAGUUUCCUAAUGAUAGAGGAGUCUCGGAAUUAUCACUUGAUCAAAAAACUUUAGAAAUUAGUGCAGAACAGCAUCCUUCAUUUUAUUCACCUGUUGACAUACUCAAUAGUCUAAAUUUAAAUAUUAAUUCUCAGAGAGAAUUUGUUAGGAGAUCUCCAAGUUUAUCAAAGUUUGAAAGUCUUGUAUUUCCAGAUCCUAUUCCUAUGCAACCAAUCCCUACUCCACCCAUUGCAAUGCAGCCACAACAACCGAAGCAGCCAAUAAUUGACGUUCAACCAAUUAAAAAGCGGAGAGGUAAAACAAGCAUGUGA